GUUUCUGACGCCGGGCGCGCGCUCAACCUGGUAUCACCAGAGAAGCAUUGCGACGAUGUGCUACAGAAGAAGCCAUACAAUUUAUGCAUUUUUCUUGGAUAUAAUUUAGACAACUUAGUUUUGGACGGUAUAGGCACGUGUCGCUUUCAAUGGACACGGACACUCGAAAUAUGCAUUGCCAUAAAUCUAGGUGACUAGACCGCUAAAAUGACGAAGACAAGCACUUACAAGCGCAGCUAUUUUAUUUAGUGCUAAAACAUACUUUUACGAUGCGCAAGUAGUUUGUUGGAAAGAUUAUUCCAUUAUUGAACUAACUUAUUAUGCUUUAUAUUUGUUUUAUAUUUUGCUAUUAACUGAUGAAACAACUGAAGUAGCGACGCAGAGGAAUCCUACUUAACUGUGACAUAUUUCACUGGACAAUUGCAAUUAUUUUACAGUAGCUUACUUUGCAGUGUAAGCUAUAGAAGGCUAAAUAAAGGCUGGCAGUUUCGCUUGCAAGACUUUUACAAAUUUCUGUCUUUUCUAUUUCUAUUCUUAUUCUUGCUCCGCGGGAUUAGAGUGAAUAGCCUAUUUUGCCGGUUUAUGUAGGUCGGGGACUAUCGAACAUUGCAUUUUGGAUACAUUUUAGACUACAGAUAAAAUCUUAAAAUGUAUGCAGGACGUAAAAGGAGAAAACCCGUGCAGAGAACGGUUAAACAGCCGCCAGCAGAUGGGGUCAAGUCGAACCCAUCCAAACGUCAUAGGGAUCGUCUCAACUCGGAGCUUGACCGCCUGGCAUCUCUGCUGCCGUUCCCCGAGGAGGUGACCUCCAGCUUGGAUAAACUGUCCAUACUGCGCCUGAGCGUGAGCUACUUGAGGGCCAAGAACUUUUUCAGUGUUGCCCUGAAGAACCACCCUGGCAAAGGGCUAACGGCCAACAGUGGUAACCAUGACAGCAGCAAGGCCGUGGGAUUGGCGGACGGUUGGAUGCCUGAGGGCGAACUCCUUCUGCAGGCCCUCAAUGGUUUUGUGCUGGUGGUCACUGCAGAGGGGACGAUAUUUUACUCUUCCCACACCAUCCAGGACUACCUUGGAUUCCAUCAGACGGAUGUGAUGCACCAGAGCGUUUUUGAGCUGAUCCACACCGAGGACCAGCAGGAAUUCCGGAGGAACUUGCACUGGGCUCUGAACCCGCCUGCUUCCGUGUCGGACCCGGACGAGUCCCCAGCAGAUGGAGAACCUGUCACAAGCACGUCUCUUGUGACCUAUGACCCCAACCAGCUGCCACCAGAAAACUCGUCCUUUUUGGAGAGGAGCUUUGUGUGUCGGUUCCGCUGUCUCCUUGACAACUCCUCUGGAUUUUUGGCCUUGAGCCUGCAGGGCAGGCUGAAGUUUCUGCAUGGGCAGAACAAGCGACUGGAUGAUGGUGUCCAGGCGCCCCCACAGUUGGCACUGUUCAGCAUCGCCACCCCCUUACAGCCCCCAUCUAUUCUGGAGAUCCGGACCAAGAACAUGAUAUUUAGAACCAAGCACAAGCUGGACUUUACUCCAAUGGCUUGUGAUGCAAAGGGCAAAAUUGUCCUUGGCUAUACGGAGGCGGAGCUGAGGGUUCGAGGGUCCGGGUACCAAUUCAUCCAUGCGGCUGACAUGCUGUACUGUGCAGAAAAUCACGUCCGGAUGAUCAAGACAGGAGAGAGUGGUCUGACCGUGUUCAGACUCCUCACCAAGGAGAACCGCUGGAAAUGGGUCCAGGCCAAUGCCAGGCUAGUCUACAAGAAUGGCAAACCUGAUUAUAUCAUCGCCACCCAGAGGCCCCUUGUGGAGGAAGAGGGCGGAGAGCACCUGCGGAAACGCUCCAUGCACCUGCCUUUCACCUUCGCCACGGGAGAGGCCCUGCUGUAUCAGACCAGCUACCCCAUCCCCGGCUUCACCGACAGCCUGGUGAGCAAGGGCAAGGGCGGCAAGUCCAAGAAGGGCAAGGCCUCCAAGGACGACCCCGACCCCAGCUCUCUGCUCGGGGCCCUGAUGAGGCAGGACGGGUCGGUGUACGUCUGCCAGCCGGCCGUGCAGCCCAAGCUCUCCUUCCACAGCAGCCUGUUUGGCGAGCAGGGCGACGGCGACCGCUUCGCCGGCCCCUCGGAGGCCGGAGAGGGCUGGAACCCGGCGCCCAACGGCGCGGCAGACCUUGGGCUGGAGGGCUCGAGCUUCGACCCGCUCCUGGCCACGCUGGACUCGCUCUCGCUGGGGGACGAGGAGAGCUGCUCCAACAGCGAGCUGUUCAGCGCCCUGGAGAACCUGGGCCUCAACGCCGAGGACCUGGAGCUGCUCCUGCUGGACGAGAGGAUGAUCCGUGUGGAGAUGGAGCCCGGCUACAUCCCCUCGCUCAACGACCUGCUGACCAACAGCGAGAUCCUCUCCUACAUCCACGACUCCCUGGAGGGCAGGGCCGAGGAGGGCAGUGACCUUCAGGUGCCCCGCCCCCUGCCUCCUCCUCCCCUGUCUCAGGCCACGGCCACCCCGACCCAGCCCUGCCCUGGCCCGUCCUCGCAGGCCACGCCCACGUCAUACCCACCCUAUAAGCCGCAGAGACAGCCCCCGAUCCUGCAGCUGUCCCAGCAGAUGCAGCAACACGUGAGCAGACAGUCGGCCCCAGGGAGGGGGGAUGCCUGGGGGACAAGGGUCGAGGCACAGGGGCCACACACAAGUGGCCCCUCACUAGCCCAACGCAGUGACUCUGGUGCCCCGCCCACUGAAAAUGGACUUCAGAGCUGGGAGCGGCCAGUCCGUAGUAAUCUCUGGGCUCCCCAGCACGUCCGCACUGGCACCGGGAUCCAAGAGGCCUUGGGCAGCGGCUGCUCCCACUGCCACCAGCAGGGGGCGCAGUCCGACAGCGAGGCCCUGGACCCAGGCCUGCACCAGCAGCGAAACCAGUGGCAGCAGGACCAGCUUCUCCUGCAGUUCCGCUCUCAGUGCCAUUUCAAACAGAAUGGGGGCGAUAGCGCUACCCCGCUCACCGGGGUGUACCCCCCACUCAGCCAGCAGACCUCAGAACAGCAGCAGUGGCAGGGUUACGGCAUGGGCCACCAGGGGUCGCUGCUGAGCCGGGCGGAGCUGGUCGCUAACGGGCCGUGCUUCUCCAGCAGGCAGGGCGUGGCCGGAGGCGAACCUCCGGGCGCGGCCCUCAUGGAUUACAGCGCGAGCGAGGUGCCCGCUGGGGAGUUUACUGCGAACGGCAUGCUGAGCAGUGUCGGGGCGUACCAGGGGGCGGCGGCCAACGCGUCCUCCUAUCAAGGCGUCCACCCGAAACCGCAGCAACAGCAGCGCCGCCCGGACGAGGCCACACCUGCCUGUUUCUCUCAGUACCCCUGUCAGGACUCCACGCUGGAUCAGAUUUUGGGCCUUGGACUGUCCCAGCAGCUGCCUUCACUGGAAUCUUACGGACUGUUCACCCCCACGCUACCACCAGACACCUCUCAUAACAAGAUGGAGAACGGCUGCAUGGUAAAUGGCGGCAGCAUGGCCUACCCCGGAAACUGUAUCAUGCCCAAUGGGAAUGCCGCCAUUCCCACCGAUGCCACCCAACCCUGCCCCGAGGUACCUCCCAUUCCAGACCCACGGACAUCUGGAUUUUACCUCUGAGGUCGGCAAGGGGACAAAAUUACAAUUCAAGUUUUUCUUCUUCUGUUUUAUUUGGAGAUUUUUUCUCCAUUUCUUUCCUGCCAUUUUUCUGUUUUUGCGUAGGGUAGGACUAUGUUUUGAAACUUUUCAGGGUAAGUCUGUGUACUGCACAGUAAGAACAGGCCUUCACAAGGACCAGGGCACUCUAAAUUAACACCUUUCCAUCGUCUUCGCUUUCUCCUGGGUGUCAUUUUUCUCUCUUUCUCUCUCUUCAUCCAAAAAGCAUCGACUCUCUCUUGGAGGACUGAUGCAGUUAUUCAGGCUGACCGAGGAAUGGUGUCUAAUGUUUCCUCAGCUGGCUUCUUGAGAGUGAAUCAGCGCAGUAUUUUCACAUAAAGGGUUAAAAUCAUGAAAAUUCCCACAGAACGCUGUCAAACCUGUGUUUUCCCCCAGCGAGACUGUUAAAAAUCGAGUUUUUUGUCGGAAGUGUUGCGCUAUGCUAAGGUGUCUAACGGCAACCAUUCUUCAUUUUACCAUAGGAGAGACCCAGGG